AUGGAAGACCUUAAUUCUCCCCGGAACUGUCAGUCCUGUGCCCGGAAGGACUCUGCAGAGGCAGAAAUGGUGCAAUGUGAUGCAUGUAAGCUUUGGGAACACUUUAGUUGUGCCGGUGUCGAUGAUCAUAUCAAGCAGUCAAGUGCCUCUUACUUCUGCAAGGGAUGCGAUAAGCAAGGGACGUCCGGUGACGAUCAUCUUCAAGUUCCCGUUACCGACCAUCAUCCUGCCAAGGGAUCUAAGACAGGUCCGAAAACUAGUUCGAGGAAGGGCUCAAAACACCGAGCGAAGUGCAUCGAUCCUACUGGAAGCGUAUCAUCGAGUGUUCGUAUGACAGUGUUAACAGAACAGCUGAAGCUGAAUGAAGAAGAACGGGUCAUGAAGGAACAGGAGUUGAAGGAGCAAGAAGAGAUGAAUAAGCGAAUGAUGGAAGAAAAAGAGCGCCAGUUAGAAGAGAAGCGGAAGCUUGCAGAAGAGACUAAAUUGCUUCGCGAACGCAAGUUGAAAGAAGAUUUAGAGCUAAAACAGAAACAACAACGAGCGAGGAGAGAAUCGCUUGAAAAGCGUCAGGAGAUUAUCCGAGAAAUAGCAGAGGCAAGCAGCCGAGGUGGGUAUGUCGUCAAUUCCGAACAAAAGGUGAAAAAUUGGCUGGAAGGACAGGAUACUGGAAGAUCAGAGGGAAAUCGAGUUGGACGAAUAAAUGAUCCCAACCUGAACAGGAUUCCCGAUGACCCAGCAGAGCUUGAACCCCUCUCGCAGCCGCCAGCGUUACAGAUGUCUCCAGCUCCAGUGCUACUAAAUUCUUCCGUUUCGGUUAUACCACCUUCGACCCCUGCACAUACAUUUUCUACUCAAACACUGUCUCAAGCGCAAAUAGCUGCGCGACAAGUCCUCGGAAAAGAUUUACCAAAUUUCAGUGGAAAUCCAGAAGACUGGCCGGUCUUCAUUAGUAACUACGAGCAGUCUACGGCCACUUGUGGUUACUCAGAUGCAGAAAACUUGGUUCGCCUCCAACGAUGCUUAAAGGGCAACGCUCUAGAUUCCGUUAGAAGUCGUUUGCUUCUGCCGGCGAGUGUACCACACGUCGUUCAGACACUGCGUAUUCUUUUUGGGAGACCAGAUCUCAUCAUCAGGUCAUUGAUAAACAGGAUCCAUCAACUCCCACCUCCAAAGUACGAACGUCUGGAAACCCUGAUGCAUUUCGGCCUCGCUGUACAAAAUCUGGUGGACCAUCUCAAAGCAGCGGGUCAACACAAUCAUCUUUCGAACCCAGUUCUCCUACAGGAGCUGGUAGAGAAGUUGCCUGGUUCAUUAAGGCUAGACUGGGCGAUUUAUAAGAAUCAACACCAACCAACAACGCUUGGCGUUUUCGGCGAUUUCAUGUCGGGGCUAGUGACAGCUGCAAGUGAAGUCUCGUUCACCCAUCCGGAACCUAGUACUCUCCAGAAAUUUGCAUUGCAGUCGGAUAUCCGAGCUAACCGACAGAAAAGUGGAAAAACUGGUAUUUUGCAAGCACAUUCCACUGCACAAGCUGAAGGUGCCGCGUCCAAUAGCGCUUCAACCGAGCCUAAACCGUAUAAGCAGUGUCUAUCGUGUGGCCGAGCGGGCCAUCGUGUAGCCGAAUGUGAACAAUUCAGCGACGCCAGCAUCGACGAACGCUGGAAGCUGGUUCAGCAGAAGGGGCUUUGUCGAACAUGCCUUAACAGUCACGGUAAAUGGCCGUGUCGCUCAUGGCAUGGUUGUGGUAUACCAGAAUGUCGUCAGCGGCACCACACACUUCUUCAUUCGUCCACUACUCAUGAAAGAGUGAAUAUUUCGUCUAGCCAUGUAACAUCCGGAAACCUCCAGUGGCCCCUUUUUCGCAUCCUCCCAGUUACCCUCUACGGUCCCAAUACAUCUCAAACUAUCUACGCCUUUAUUGACGAAGGCUCAUCAUAUACACUCCUUGAUGAAUCGGUAGCAGACCGACUAAACGUCAGUGGCAAACUUGAGCCGCUUACCUUGAAGUGGACUGGGAACGUAACGAGGGUAGAGCCAAAAUCGCGAUGUGUGUGCCUCAGCAUCUCGGGUAAAAACAACAAAUCCCGAUAUACUCUCUCUCAGACUCGUACGGUGAGUCGACUUGAGCUACCUACUCAAAGUCUAAAAUAUGAAGACCUCGCAAAUCGUUAUCCUCAUCUACGGGAGCUUCCGAUUGAAGCCUACGAACUAGUAUGUCCUCAAAUCCUCAUUGGUCUGGACAAUUUGCGCCUGUGCGUUCCACUAAAGUUGCGUGAAGGUGGAUUAAGGGAUCCAAUCGGAGCGAAAUGCAGACUGGGAUGGAGCAUUUACGGGUGCGUUCCUAACUCACCAAAUCAAUCAGCGAUCCUCGGCCUUCAUAUUGGGGCAGUAUCCGAUUCGAAUCGUGAACUGAACGAACAGCUUCGCGAUUAUUUUACUCUGGAAGACAUCGGAGUAGUUGGGCUUCGUGAGCCGCUGGAGUCAACAGACGAAAAACGCGCAAGACAGCUUUUAGAGGAAACAACUCGACGUACACCAUCCGGAUUGUCAUUUGAAACGGGGCUAUUGUGGAAGACCGACAGCACGAGCUUUCCUGACAGCUAUCCAAUGGCCGUCCGACGACUGGAGUCCUUAGAACGGCGGCUUCAGCGAGAACCGGAACUAAAAAAUCGCGUACAGGAGAUAAUUACGGAAUAUGAGCGGAAGGGAUAUAUACAUAAGGCUAGCUUGACGGAGUUGACUUCGGUUGAACCAAAUCGCGUCUGGUAUCUUCCCCUGGGCGUAGUUAUUAACCCUAAAAAGCCUGCGAAGAUUAGAUUGAUCUGGGACGCUGCUGCAAAGGUGGGUGACGUAUCGCUCAACUGUAAACUACUUAAGGGGCCAGAUCUAUUGAUACCUCUCCCGAAAGUCUUGUCUCAAUUCCGCCAAUAUCCGGUGGCUGUGUGUGGUGACUUGAUGGAGAUGUUUCACCAGUUUAAGAUUCGACAUCCAGACUGUCAGUCGCAACGUUUCCUGUCCCGGAAAAGGCCAACUGACCCCCCGCAAGUUUACGUCAUGGAUGUGGGCACCUUUGGAUCAACCUGUUCGCCGGCCUCAGCUCAAUACAUCAUAAAUCUUAACGCAAAAGAAUCCGCCGAAGAAUACCCGCGUGCCGCGGCAGCUAUCAUCGACAGACACUACGUUGACGACUACUUGGACAGCUUCGAGACCAUUCAAGAGGCGAUCGACGUAGUGAAUGAGGUCAAACUGGUGCACUCUAAAGGAGGCUUCACUCUUCGUCGAUUUUUAUCAAAUGAAAUUAAGGUCCUGCAAGGAAUCGGCGAGAUUGCUGAAGAAGAAUUCAAAAGUUUGGACCUGGAACGAGGUGAGAAAACUGAGUCGGUAUUGGGCAUGAAAUGGAUCCCGCGAGACGAUCUAUUUGUCUACACUUUCGGGGACAGGGAAGAUCUGCAACAGAUUCUACGCCAAGAUCAUGUUCCCUCGAAACGUGAGGUUGCCAGACUAGUCAUGAGCCUGUUCGACCCACUUGGCUUCAUUGCAUUUUACCUCGUCAUCGGUAAAAUGCUCAUUCAGGAGCUCUGGUCCAAAGGGACAGGAUGGGACCAACGAAUACCACAAUAUAUUAACGAACGCUGGCGACUGUGGGCAGAUCAGCUUCAUAAUCUCGACUCGAUACGUAUACCACGCUGCUACUUCUCCUCGUCUCUUCAGAACGGCUUCGAACAUCUACAAAUCCAUCUAUUCGUCGACGCGAGCGAAACCGCUUAUGCCUGCGUAGUAUACUUCCGCUUGAAGACGGCAACCGGCGUGCAAAUCGCACUAGCAGGAGCGAAAACCAAAGUAGCCCCCCUAAAAGCUCUGUCAAUCCCUCGACUCGAGCUCAAGGCGGCCGUUUUAGGAGCUCGUCUAAUGGAGACCAUACAGGCAUAUCACACGUUCCCAUUCGAACGCCGCUUCUGCUGGAGCGAUGCAAACACUGUGCUCGCGUGGAUCCACUCCACCGAUCAUCGUCGGUACCACAAGUUCGUGGCUAUUCGGGUUGGCGAACUUCUAACAACCACACUGCAGUCAGAGUGGCGAUGGGUACCAUCAAAAAUGAACACCGCGGACAUAGCCACCAAGUGGCAUCACGGCUCACAGUUAACGAUGGCCAAAGCUUGGUUUCAAGGUCCGAGCUUUCUCUAUGAGCCCGAAGAAAGGUGGCCAAAUAAAAAAACGAACCCUUCGACUGAAGAAGAGCUGCGACACCCUCACAAUCACCUUACUCAUUUCAUCACCAAAAUUACGUUCGACAAAUUCAAUUUAUGGACGAAACUGCAGCGUGUAACAGCGUACGUACUACGAUAUAUCGACAAUCUUCGUAAACGGAAAAACGGCGAGAACUUGGAACUCAGCAAUCUUACCAGCGACGAGCUCCGGCGAGCCGAAGAAACACUCGUGAAGACUGCUCAAGGUGAAUUCUAUGCGGACGAAAUCAACACUCUCUACAAAACUCGAGGCUCGCCCAAUGAACGCCAUCCCACCGUGAACAAAUCCAGUACUAUAUACACUAGGAGCCCAUUUAUGGAUGAGAAAGGGGUCAUCCGGUGUCGCGGCCGUAUCGGUGCUGCGCCAUAUGCACCGAUGGAAGCUAAGUUCCCAAUCAUCCUUCCUAGACAACAUCAAAUAACCUUCCUCAUUGUAGACUGGACCACCGCCGCUUUCGCCACGCCAAUCGAGAGACCAUUUUCAACGAGAUUCGUCAACGUUUCGAGAUAG